CGGGGCACCCACGAGGGCGCUCCGCUGCCGCGCCUCCCCUCCCCGCCUCCUCCUCCUCCUCUUCCACCUCUGGCUGUGGCGGGCGAGGACACGUCAGGGGACAUAAAUAAAUAAAUAAUUGCAUUCGCCCGGUGACAGCGAGGCCGGCCGGCUGCGGCGAGGAGGGAGCGGGGAGCUGCAGUGCCCGCCCGGUGCCAGCGCCAGUUGUUUGUAAGAGGAAUUUCCUGAUACGAUUGAAAACAGAUAAUCUGGAGUCUGCUCUACCUCUCUUCCUCUGUAUUGCCUUCAUAUAUCACACUUCAAGGAAUAGUGACUGGACUUACCAAGUCCACGUAUAAACCAAAGAAGUCUGUUCAAGUGUGAAUCUGUCAACAGGUUACCUGAAUUUCAAAGAGAAGAGCAGAAAUGCCACCACCUGCAGGUGGCCCCCCACUACAUCCACCUCCUGAUGGAGGAUGGGGCUGGGUAGUGGUUGCGGCAUCUUUUAUCUCCAUCGGAUUUUCAUACGCAUUCCCCAAAGCCAUCACAGUAUUCUUCAAGGAAAUUCAGCAAAUCUUCACCACUAGCUACAGUGAAAUAGCAUGGAUAUCAUCCAUUAUGCUGGCUGUAAUGUAUGCAGGAGGUCCCAUCAGCAGCAUUUUGGUGAAUAAAUAUGGCAGCCGGCCAGUGGUGAUGUUAGGCGGUUUGCUGUGCUGUGUGGGAUUGGUCGCAGCCUCUUUUAGCACCAGCGUAAUAGAGCUCUACCUCACUGUGGGGUUCAUUGGAGGUUUAGGUCUGGCCUUCAACCUGCAACCCGCCUUAACAAUCAUUGGCAAAUACUUCUAUAAGAAACGACCCAUGGCGAAUGGUCUUGCCAUGGCAGGAAGUCCUGUUUUCCUAAGUACAUUAGCUCCUUUCAAUCAGUUCCUUUUUAAUACUUUCGGCUGGAAAGGAAGCUUCAUGAUUUUGGGAGGCAUAUUGUUGAAUGCCUGUGUGGCUGGGGCUCUCAUGAGACCCGUUGAAUCCAAAUCAACUACUAAGGCUCAAAAUAAAAUUUGCGAAACAGAGCUUGAGUCGCAUGUGAAAAAAAGCCACAAGAAGCAAUCAGUCUGGGAAAAAAUUAAUAACUAUUUAGAUUUCUCCCUUUUUAAGCAUAGAGGGUUUUUGAUAUACUUAUCUGGAAAUGUCAUUAUGUUUCUAGGAUUUUUUGCCCCCGUUAUAUUCUUGGCCCCAUAUGCUAAAGACAAGGGAAUUGAUGAGUACUCUGCAGCCUUCCUGCUGUCUGUUAUGGCUUUUGUUGACAUGUUUGCAAGGCCUGCAGUAGGAUUCAUUGCGAACACCAAACUUGUUCGACCUCGAAUCCAGUACUUCUUCAGUUUUGCAAUUAUGUUCACGGGAGUGUGUCAUCUCUUGUGCCCAUUGGCAGAGGACUACAUAAGCCUGGUGUUUUAUGCUAUAUUUUUUGGCCUUGGAUUUGGGAGUGUUAGCAGUAUCCUCUUUGAAAGCCUCAUGGACCUUGUUGGUGCUCAAAGAUUUUCCAGUGCUGUGGGACUCGUCACAAUUGUGGAGUGCUGUCCAGUUCUCCUUGGCCCUCCUCUUGCUGGUAAAUUGGUGGAUGAAACUGGAGAGUAUAAAUAUAUGUAUAUAGCCUGCGGGGCUAUUGUAUUCCUAGCAAGUGUGUGGUUGCUCAUUGGUAAUACUAUAAACUAUAGAAUGCUUGCAAAGGAAAAGAAGUUGGAAAAAGCAAAGGAAGAAACGUAUAACAAGCCGGAUUCCCAAGAAUCUGAACCCUUGAACGCAUCUAAACAAUGUGUUGUUGAAGUCAAAAGCACGAGACCAGAAAAUAAUCCCUCAGAAAGAGAAACUAACAUGUAGCAAGAAUCACAUCUCUGAUUUCAGUGUUUAUGACUUUUUUAAAAAUAUGUUUUUGUAUUGAUUUUUUAGACAGAGAGGAAUGGAGAGGGGGAAAGAGAUAGAAACAUAGAUGAGAGAGAAACACUGAUUGGCUGCCUCCUACUGAGGAUCAAGCAGGCAACCGGGCAUACGCCCUGACCAGAAAUCGAACCAGUGACCUCUUGGUGCAUGGGACGACGCUCAACCACUGAGCCACACCGGCCAGGCCAGUGUUUAUGACUUUCUUACGAGAACUUUUUUCCCCCUCCAAAAUAUUGGAAAGGAUUUUAGUUUAAAUAAAACCUCAUAAUGAAUGACGGAGAUGAGAUUUCCCUCAAUGUCAAAUUUUAAAUGUUUCCUUUUAAAAAAAUAUAUUUUGAGAUUAUGCAUAUAAAGAAUCCAUGCAAGGGUUUUAUUUUCAUACAUGACUCUGGUUGUGGUGAUUAAAAUAAUUUCCAAAUCUU